AUGGCAGAGCAGAAGCAUGGGAACCUGUCCUUACCACCUGUGGUGGACACCAUACAGGGCAAAGUCCUGGGGAAGUACAUCAGCUUAGACGGAUUUGCACAGCCUGUGGCCAUCUUCCUGGGAGUCCCCUUUGCUAAACCCCCUCUUGGACCCCUGAGAUUUGCUCCACCACAGCCUGCAGAGCCCUGGAACGCCGUGAAGAACACCACCUCCUACCCUCCUAUAUAAGCUACUGGGGAGGGCCUGGUGGGACCAGUGCUCUCCGAUGUCUUUACUAACCAACUAGAAAAUGUUUCUCUUGAGUAUUCUGAAGACUGCCUUUACCUAAAUAUUUACUCCCCUACUGACCUGACAAGCACAGACAGGCUGCCGGUGAUGGUAUGGGUCCAUGGAGGUGGUUUACUAUCUGGUGGAGCAUCAACUUUUAAUGGACUGGCCCUGUCUACCCGUGAAAAAGUAGUGGUAGUAGUCAUUCAAUACCGUCUGGGCAUCUGGGGAUUCCUCAGAUACCACUACUCUCCCAUGAAAACUGCCCUUUCCAGUCCCCCAAAAGAGAGUGUUUACUUGAUUUCUUAA